UUCUGUUUUUUUUUUAUAGGCUUUCAGUUUCUUGCUCAGACUAUUUGAUGAUGGCCAGUCAUUGCGGUAGAAACGAAUCUCUCGCGUCUCCUAUAAAGGAGAGAAGUGUAACGCUAGCAUCACAACAAUUUGGAGAUGGAUUCUUCAGUAGCCCACAAGCCUCAUGCCAUAUGCAUUCCCUACCCAGCACAAGGCCACAUCAACGCCAUGAUACAACUAUCCAAGCUCCUACAUUCAAGAGGCUUCCAUAUCACCUUUGUCCACUCCCAGUUCAUUUACAGCCAUCUGUUGAGUUCCAAAGGCCUGGACACUCUCAAUACCUCUCCCAGUUUCAGGUUUGAGACCAUACCAGACGGUUUGCCGGCAUCAAAUGAUAGGCAUGACAUAUAUGCCCUCACCGAUUCACUCCGAAAGAAGUGUGUUGAGCCGUUCCGUGAGCUUGUAACAAAACUCAAUAGCUCCUUGAACACACCCCCUGUAACUUGCAUUGUUGCGGAUGGCAUUAUGACCUUCACCCUGCAGGUUGCUGAAGAGGUGGGUGUCCCUGAAGUGCUGUUCUGGCCUAUGUCCGCCAGUGGCUUCAUGGGUUUCUUUCAGUACCGCGAGCUAAUCCAAAGAGGUCUCGUGCCUAUGAAAGAUGAGAGCUUCCUGACAAACGGAUACCUUGAUACCCGCAUCGACUGGAUACCCGGCAUGAGAGAUAUCCGUCUCAAGGAUAUCCCUUCCUACAUUAGGACAACGGACCCCAACGACAUCAUGCUCACAUUUGCAGACAACGAAGUGCAGAACAGUCGCAAGGCUUCCGCAGUUAUCCUCCAUACCUUCGACGACUUAGAACCCGAGACUCUACAUGCCAUCAAAUCCUUCCUCCCCAGACUCUAUACCCUCGGCCCAUUACCAUUGCUUUGCCGCCAGAUAGUCGAAAACGGGCUUAAUCGGUUCCAAUCCAGCCUAUGGAAAGAAGAAACAGGAUGCUUGGAAUGGUUGGAUAAGCAAAAGACCGCUUCCAUCGUCUAUGUGAAUUUCGGGAGCUUAGCAGUCGUAACGGACGAACAGUUGAGGGAGUUCGCAUGGGGGCUCGCGAAUAGCAAGCAUCCCUUCUUAUGGAUCGUCCGUCCCGAUGUUGUGAUUGGCAACCAAGCAGCUUUGCCGGAAGAGUUCAUGGCAGAGAUUGAAGGCAGGGCAAUUCUGGGUUGCUGGUGCCCGCAAGAACAAGUCCUUUCCCACCCGUCAAUUGGAGCCUUCCUAACACAUUGCGGUUGGAAUUCGAUGAUGGAGAGCAUAUGCGGCGGAGUGCCGAUGAUCUGCUGGCCUGUUUUCGCUGACCAGCAAACGAACUGCCGGUAUGCCUGUAAGGAAUGGGGGAUUGGGAUGGAGAUCGGUGACGCCGUAAAUAGAGAAGAAAUAGAGGGUAUUGUGAAGGAAAUGAUGGCAGGAGAGAAAGGGAAAGAAAUGCGAAAUAAAGUCAUGGAAUGGAAACAGAGUGCUGAAAAUGCUGCUCAAGUGGGAGGAUCUUCAUACACUAGCCUCGAUGCACUGAUUGACCAAGUCCUUCGACGGACAGACGGGUGAUCAGACGGUUGGAAAUGUCCUGGGCAGUAACGUGAACGGCCCACAGUUCAAUAAUGUAGCUAGAAAGAUUAGUUCACUUUGGCGACUCACGGCCCAUCCAAAUGCUUCCAUAUUCGAUAAGAUAUUAUCACAUGAUCACCCUCAACAUGAAUGAUUCCGAGCGCUUACCACGUGGAACCCGGUGGCAAUGAUAGACGCUGGAUCCUGAGUCGCGAUGGAGGCAAAUCGAACUCUUAAAGGUUACCUGAUUUGUAGAUUUUAAUGCACGGUUCAUUUAGCUGCUGAUAUCUGCUGCAACGUAACAUACCCUAUGCCCUUAAAAUUUCUUUAAUUGUUCACUUUCAUUUAUACAUGCAAUUGUCCA